AUGGACCAGAUUUGUUUAGUUACUAAUGAGGCCAGUGUCGGAGAAGAUGCAUUUGUGUGGAUGGGAUCACAAUUUCCAUUAGUAGCAGAUGUUGCAAAUGGAAGGUGCAUACAACAUUUGCAGAAUCAGACAAAGCCAAAUGGUGUGGAACUGGCCGAUGACGAAUACAUAUUACAUGUCGAAGGAACAGCAAGCUCCCAGAGAGUCAUUUGCCACAUUGGGACGACAAGUUGGCCUGGUAGGCUUACACUGACCAACUAUGCUUUUUACUUCGAAGCCUCGGGAAUAAUAAAUUACGAAGAUGCUAUAAAAAUGGACCUCUCCAAGGAUGUUGAGCAGAGUGUAAAACCAGCUGCCACAGGUCCCUGGGGAGCUCAACUUUUUGACAAGGCCAUAAUCUAUGAAUCAUCUGAUUCAUCAGAGGAGAUUGUACUAGAGUUUCUAGAACUCACAAGUUCCACGAGGCGCGAACAUUGGCUAGCACUGAUAAGGGAAAUAAUGUUUCUCCACCAGUUUUUAUCGAAGUACAAUAUCAAUGGUCCAAUCCAAGCAUGGGAGAUUCAUGCAAGGACAAUAUUGGGAAUCAUAAGGCUUCAUGCAGCCAGAGAAAUGCUAAGAAUAUCACCAUCUGUCCCAACGAAGUUCCUAAUAUUCUCCUUAUACAACGAGCUGCCAAAGGGAGAUUAUGUUCUCGAAGAAUUCGCAGAUAGCCUCAAGAAGGUCAAUAGCGGACACUCGUGUAGCGCAAGCUCAAUCCUUAGAAUUAUGAACAUGUAUAGGUCCAUACCUUCUGAUGAAAUAGUAGAGAAGCCAAUUCAAGAAGUUGAAAGUAGCACGAGUGCUUUAGAAGAUAGUCCUUCCUUGAAGACAGCUAUCAAACAAUCAAGGGAGGAAGAAAAGCAAGUUCUCAUCGCGAAAGCUACCACUGAAGAAUUAAAGGAUGAUGGUGUCAUCGACAGCAUUAUGGUUCUUACAGAACUAUUAAAACCACUCAAACAUGUAGUCCCAUGGGUUCAAGGAAUCUUCGCUUGGGAAAGGCCAAUAAAUACUGUUGCUGUUCUUGUUCUAUCUCUCAUAAUCACUUAUAUGGAGUGGGUUGGUAAGGCAAUCGCAUGUUUCUUGAUAUGGGUGAUAGUAAAGAUGCUUGAGGCAAGAAAAAACAGGAUAUGCGAGAAGCGCAAAGAGAUAGUAAUAAGUAGAACAAGUAUGGCUGCGGAUCAGUCCAUGGUGGAGAGCAUUGUCUCAGCCCAGCAUGGAUUGUAUACUGUUCAUGAGAUCAUGCAGAUAGCUAAUAUAGCAAUGCUAAAGAUAUGGUCAAUACUUAUUUACAAGGCAGAUAAGCAUGCAAAUGUAGUGAUGGUGGCAAUGAGUGGUUUGGCAUUCUUACUGGCAGUGAUUCCAUUUAAGUACUUCCUAAUGGGAAUCAUUCUGCAAACCUUUGCCACAUCGUUGAAGAGAGUUAAGUCGCCGCCGCCACCGUCAUCGUCUCUUGGAACAGGGAACAGACGCUUAAGGGAAUGGUGGGACUCAAUUCCAAUUGUUCCUGUUUGUGUAGUAGACAAUGCUCUUGAUGAAUAUGUCCUUUUCGCUUUAGUAGCUUACAAGAUUUGUUUCAAAUUCUAG